AUGGAGGUGGACAGCGACAACGAGGCGCUCGGCAAGAUUGCGUGCGGCGCUCCGGUCCAAGAAGGAUCAUGGCCCACGCUCAGAACCGAGAUCCUGUCGCGCCUAGAAAAGAUUGCACACAAUGACUUCGCCAUCCCGACUCUCCCGCAUCUCCCCGCCCGCCGUCGCCUCCUCUCCCCGCUCCCGUCGUCGCCUCUUGAACAAUCGUCAUCCCAAGAAGCCAACAAGGAGAACGAACCGGCAGACGGUCGGGCCUCCGACGUGCCCGACGCGCCCGCGCCCAAAUCUCCCGCUCCGGGUGAAUUGCCCGCCCAGAUCGCCGACCUGCUCGCCGGCAUCAAGUCCCACCUCGAGACCUUUACCACAUACGCGCCGCACACCAUCCAGCGCCUCGCCGAGCUCGUAACAAGCCCGCGUGCGCAUUACAAGGCCCUUGCCUCGUACCUCCACGCCGUCGACAGGGUCGUCCAGGUCACGUCUGGCACUAACAUCUUCCCGCUGCCUCCCGCUGUGCCCGACAUGUCUGCCAUGGGCGGCGCUACGGGGCUCUCCAACGGCGAGGAAGGCAGCGGUGCCAGGGAUCCCGCUGCCACGGUGGCAUGGAGCAACCCGACUACGGCGCCUCUAGGCUCUGAUGAAGCCCUCGGUGGCGCUCUCCUGACGCCUAUUCCCUGGCUGACGCGGCGCAGCCCCGAGAGCAGCAACGGAGACACGACGCCCGGAGGCGGCGCGCAGAUUCACAGCGAAGGCACCGAGACCAUCGACGGGCCCAACGGCAUGGGGAGCAUAGAGACCGUCUCCGUAAGCGUAAACGGCGUGCCAUCAACCGGGCACGCCAGGGGCGUCACCCAAGGCGAGCUUCUGCGCCAGGAGCAGAGGGCUGGCGUCGUUCCCGUCAGCCAGCUUUCUCGCAGUCCUGGUCCCAUUAGCAGCCAUCAUGAUGCCCCCGGCGAAGAGGGCCGCAACAAGGACGGCGACGGCACCGCUGGGGCCGCUGCCAGCGAGGUGGACGAGGAGGAGGAAGAGGUGCCGCACGCGCGCGGCCCGGAGGAAAUUGGCGUGGGCGAUACGGGACCCCAGGCGCCGACGACUAGCCAUAUGGGCGAGGACGGCGUCGAGAUGAAGGGCAUCGACGUGGCCGCCGCGCUGGGCCGCCGCCAGGAAGACGACGCCGUGGCUCAUCCGAGCGCCGCCGACGCCGACGCCGACGCCGACACCGACGUAGACGUAGACGCAGACGCCACAGACGCCGCGGAGGACACGGACAUGCCGAGCCCUAACGCGGACAGCACCGGCACGAAGCGUGAAGCCGAGCAGCCGCUCGACGGCGAGCCGCCUAAGAAGCUCAAGGAGAGCGGCGCCGACGAUGUUGACGACGCUGCGGACCUUGGCGCGAGCGAGAGCGAGGCGGCCGCUGCCGCCACUAUUGGGCAGGACGGCGCCCCAAAGGCCGCGCCCGAUCAGGCUGAUGCUGGGGACGGCGAGAAGAUGGAGGAGACGUGA